AUGAAUAUAGUGAAGUGUCUUUUGAGAACUGGACCUACCAUACGCAGCAGUUUUGGAUUUCAUUACAACACAUUACACCAUGUGUUGCGACCUUUAUCAACUGCUACAAUAUCUCCUAUAACAAAACCCACAGAAUGCGCUCCUCCAUUAGAAUUGGACAAGCUUUACAAAAGAGUAGAACUUGAAAUGAGAGGUUACAAAAAACUGGGCCUUGAGAAAGGC